AUGGCGCAAGAAUCUGUUCUGUAUCCCGAGGGUCCGCUCUUGAUCGUUGAUAAGGGAAUGCGCAAGAAGGCGCACGACAGUCCCUAUGAAUCACAACCGUUCGCGGUAUCAUCCAGCGAUGUCAAGGUCUCAGUGUUGGGCGCCGAGUCUGCGACUGAUGGCCUUGGACACCUGAAAGCAAGUGGUAAGGAGCGAAAGCCUGCCCAAGUCCGCAAUUUCCGCUUCGUUACCAGUGACGACGAGCCCAAGCGAUCACGGAAGCGACCAGGGCGACCACCGAGGACGAUACUGGGAGAUGCUGCCGGGCAAGCGCAACAGUUGACUGAAGCCUCCUCGUCACCUCGGGGCGUGCUCACUCAGUCACCUGCUCAAGCAUCCAGUGUCUCUACAGGCGACCUUCCAUUGAUCUCCGCACCCCCGGGCUCGGCUUCACCCUUUUACGGACUCCAUGACAACGCCAAUUCACCGCUACUGGAGAUUUUGCCGUACUACAGUGAUAUGACUUACUUCUUCUACCCCCUCCAAGGCUACUUGCCGCUCAAAUUUGAUCCAGUCACUACACUGUACCUACCUGCCGCCUUGCGAGACGCCUGUAUGCUCAGUUCAAUAGUCACUUCGGCAGCUGUUCGUUGCGAAAAGCUACUUGGUUGGCAAGUACCUGAAGGCACGGACUUCUUGCAAGGAGCUAUCCAGGAAUUGAGAGGGCGCGUUAGCUCUGGCAACAUCACUGACGCAGUCUUGAUGGCAGUCACAUGCUUCUUGCUUCGCGAACAUGCCGCGGGGCGGAUCGACAAGUGGCAGACGCAUACCAACGGCCUAAUCAAAAUGCUUGAAAUUCGCGGAGGGAUGAAAAGUGUCGAUCCUGGCUUCCAUCAGAAGAUCUAUCGCGCUCUGAUGAGCCCAGCGAUCGAUUACUUGUCGAAGCCUCGCUGGCCACGCCCUCAACGAACUACACCCUCGUUAUACAGUACAGUCUUUCUGGCGGAAGGCAAUGUGUCCUCGCUUCCGAUCCUCACGGAGCACAAUGUUGACAUGAGCCUCACCGAGGCUCCGGCUACACUCCUGCAUUUGCAAAUGUCUCUUGAUCCAGACCUCUUCGAUUCUCUGGUCAGGCUACAACAGCUGGCUGACGCGAUCAAUCGGGCCAUCGAAAUCUCAGCGCCCAUCGACCCAUUUUCUCUCGACCAAGAUAUCAUGACUGUUCAGUACGACCUGCUUAGCCUCGAUGACACUGUGUUGAGUAGGCUUGAUACUGCCUGCAAAAUGGCCGCAUUGAUCUUCACCAGAAUGCUCACACAUGAGCAGCCAUUCGAAAUCCUCGGCGCACAGACUCUUCCAAUAGCGAUGUUGGCAGUCCUUGACACGAUCGAAAUCGAUUGGGAAAACUCGGACCUCAAAUUUUGGUGCUGUUUCAUGGGAGCGCUGGCUGCGCAAGAUACAAAUAAGCGAGAAGCGUCUUUGCAUCAUCUGAGGUCAUGUUCGAUAUCACUUGGUGUGGUGGAUUGGGAAAAUGCCCGAUUUCUCCUUCAGAGAGUUGCGUGGGUAUCUCCAGCGUUUGAUCAGAAUGGCUUCGAUCUAUGGCAGCUACUGGACAGUGUCCCAUAG